CCACUCACCGCGGCCUCAGUGUAGUUUUUCCCACCGCGGCUUUAGCGUUAAGGGCUUUUAAUGGUUCCACGUUCCCGCAACGCCAUGACCACGCAGACGCCUCAACGCAGUCGUGAACGUUUACAGGAUUUAGUAAGAGGACCAAUCACAGCCCUUGCUGCGGCGUCCCACGACGGAAAGUUACGAUUUUUGGGAGGCGAACGUCCGGCCCUUGCGGUGGACGCAAGGAGGGUAUGCAAGGACGUAAGGGGUCCGUAACCCCCUGGCGUUGCGGGAACGUGGAACCAUAAAAAGCCCUUAUUCUACUCACCGCUUCGUCAGUGUAGUAGGCCCUACCACUGACUGCGGCUUUAGUGUAGUUUUACUGGUCGCAGCUUCAGUGUAGGUCUAUUCAUCAUGGCUACCAGCUGUCGGUGGAUUCUGAAGCGCUAUGCCCGUUUUCUGCCAGGGUCGAAAGGUGAAGGAGAUAAGUGGAAGGUAUUUGAAGCAGAGGGCAGUAAACGUGAGCUGGUGCUGACCAUCGUGGAGUCUGGACACAUGCUGGUGUCCCUUGGACAGGAGCUCUUGGAAGGAAUAUCUUUAAUUGGGGCAACAGAAUUUCUCAAAGUACAGAGGAAAAAAGAUAGCCUGCUUUUUCGUUGUGCUGUAAAGGGAGAGAGCCGGCUGAUGCGGAUGCAGUUUGGUGGUAGCAAAGCUGAGGCUCAGGAGGAGUGCUCCAGCGCUGUUGUCAAGCUGACUGAGUACCUGCCUGUCACCACUCAAGAUGAGACAGCAUCACCUUCCUCCUGUGUCUCUGCGCUGCCAAAUCAGCCCCCUACUGCGACGACCACAACAACAGAGCAGACUGCACAGAGGGAGCCGGUGACAAGUGAACCCGAGACGGUACAUGGAUCCUUGUCCAUCCAACGUCUCGCCCAGCACUUCAUCGGGCAGCAGGGCCUGUCCCUGCCCCUGGUGUACCGCCACAGUCCCCUGCCAGCAGGCGACCUGGAGCCCUUCCUGCGGGCCUGUCUGCUGGACUCCAGCUUCCCCGCCUUUGUGGAGGAGGUGGAGGGCGAGAUGAGGAAGCUGCUUCUGGACUGAUCUCCACAGCGGAGGGAGUGAAGGUCAAAUCAGGUCAUCCGUUAUCUUCUCUUCUUACUGUGUGUGCGUAGGCCGAGCUUGUGUGUCGGUGGUAUGGAGAUGUUGAUUACAUCAUACCGUUAUUUCAUGCUGUUUAUAUGUUUUGUUAAACGGGGUGACUGGCUAGUGUUCAUUUUUUGAUCUAUGUUAUUUGCUUUGUCCGACGAUGACCAUGAACAACGCGAUGACUUUGUUUUAUAGGUUUUUUUUAUUUAGAAAAAAAAUAUUGGUCUCAUUUGUAAGAUCGUGGCUCGUUACUGUGGUCCCUCAUUCCAAACCCAAGUCAGGUCCAUUUGCACCUCAACACACAUAGAUACACUGUAUUGAUAGGAGUCAUGCAGCUACAGCAGUGUAUUUUGCUAGUCAGCUUCCAAGUGUUCCCACGAUAUUAAAGCUUCACUGAGUAUAACAAACUGCCCUCCAUAUAUCUAUUUAUGAAUACAUAUUGCAUAGGAUUAUAGCCAUGCUGUACAUUUGAAGAGAGAGAAAAAUAAAGAUAAAAAUCAAUCCAUUAAAUUGGGAAAUAUAAAAAUUAUUUUUUUUUUUUACAGAUUUGCUAUCAUUUGAACACUCAUACCGCAACAUAUACAAGACACCUAAGAUAAUCUGGAAAAAAAUAAUCAUAAUACACUUUUUCAUUAGCUAGUUUUAACACACAAUAGUCAUUUUCUUUAAUCACUCUCAGUUAAAUACUGCCACAGUCAUUGAAGCCCUUGCCUCACCAUAAAAGUUGCGUUAAAAGUGGACUCUAGUCACAAAAUCAAACAUACUUAAAUGACCAUGAUAUGCUGUACAAACCUUUCAAGAAUAUACCGAUAUCUUUUUGUUAAAUUCAAGAUGACUCCAUAAAAAAGGAAGGGAAAAUAGGU